AUGAGCAAGACCGACGUGAGCAAGGAGCAGGACCGGCGGCACAAGAGGAUACUGGCGGACCUGCUCAAGCACGAGGGCAACAAGACCUGCGCGGACUGCGCGGCGCGGGGGCCCACGUGGGCGAGCGUCAACCUUGGCGUGUUCGUGUGCCUCACUUGCUCGGGCAUCCACAGGUCGCUGGGCGUGCACGUCUCACAGGUGAGGUCCACUACCCUUGACACAUGGCUCCCCAAGCAGGUGGCCUUCCUGUCAUCAAUGGGCAACCUGAGGGCAAACAAAUUCUGGGAGGCCCGGCUGCCCCCAGACCAUAGGAAGGCAACAGGGCGCCCGCUGGAGGACUUGGCAGGUUUCAUCAGGGAGAAGUACAUUAGGCGUGCCUUUGCAUCCUCAGAGGUCGCAGCUCCCACCAUGGACAACUACACAACCCACCCAUACACCGGCACGCAGGACGCCACACCGCAGGAGGUGCCCCGCCCGAUGACGCCCCAAAUAGACAGGCCCAAGACGUAUGACCUUCCAAAGAGGUCAGGGACGCCCCCUCCCCGUGCGCCCACUACGACCGUUAGCCACCAGGCAGUCACAAACAGCUUCGACCUGCUGUCUCUGGAUGCCCACAGCCCAGCUCCCUCGUCUGGGCCGGCGGCAAGCCCCAAGGGCGGCCUGUACCCAGCGCCUCCCGCCCUCCCACCUGCACCGCCUGCAGCAACUGCGACCCCAGAGUCGGCCGUGUCUGGGUGGAAGACCUUCCAGGGGGCAGACCCACCAACCCCAUCCACCCCAGGUUCGGAGUGGUCGGCGUUUCAGUCAGGCGGCAGUGACCCUUUUGCAGCCAAGGUGCCAGCGGCUGUGUCAACAUCCAAGCCACAAGCCGAGGCCCCCCGCCACUCCGGGGACAUGAUCGCUGGAGCACAGGAGCCGCACAUCGUCCCGAUCGGCUCCUCCCCGCUGGUGGGCGACCUGAUCUCCGCCGAUGUCCCUGGCACAAAGGACCGACCAGGGCCGCCAACAGGAUCCAAAGAAAAGGCGACAGAGGACAUCCUCAAAUUAUAUGACCAGGGCGCAGGCGACCCCAACGCCCCAAAGAUGCUUCCUCCAAAUUUGGGCUUGCCAAUGGGCGCCCAGAUGCUGCCUCCGAAUAUGGGGAUGCCCAUGGGGCCCAUAGCUGUGCAACAGCAAGCGUACAUGACGCCCGGCAGCCAUGUGCCAGUGGUGCAGGGGGCAUAUGGCGCAUACGGCUUGGUGGGAGCGAUGCAGCCCCCCAUGGUUGCAGUGCCACAGGGCAUGGUCACGCACCCAGGCAUGGUGCCCUUGGCACCUGGGGCAGCCGGGUCACCCUACCAGUAUGGGUACAUGCAGCAAGCUGGAAUGCAGGUGCAGCAGUUUGGGGGAUAUUCCAGCCAAGCAGGGGGGCAAGGGAUGUAG